CGCGGCCUCGUAACGCUGGACGUGCUGUGCAGGGAGCGGAUCCUCCAGGCCGUCAAACUGCCCCUGUCAGAGGAAAGGAGUUGCUUCCUGUUAUUUCCAUUGAAAUCCUUGUCCCGGUCGUUAGCCGGCGGGCUUUGGCAGGAUGGCACCGCGCGCGCACAUGAGCUCCGGCCGCCUCUCCCGAGGGCUCCUGCUGCUCUGCGUGCUCCUGGGGACUGGCCUUUGUCACACAGACGCCGUGAACGUGAGCUUCAUCCAGGACACUGUGACAAGCCCACCCACGGCCAUGUCCAACUGGGCAGACCAGUCCAUGGAGAGGAAUUAUGCCGACAUGACAGAGGAGUGCUGGAAAUACUUCGUCUCCCUGAUGGGGAACGUGAUGACAUCGGAGUUGUGCGAGUGGAAAGUCAUCAGCAGGCCCUACAGCGCGCUGCAGCGCUGCCUGGAGGACUGUGCCGAGAGCUUCAACUACAGCUACCCCAACGCCCUGGCGGAGCAGUACAUCUUCCAGAGCCACCACCGCUACUUCCACAACUGCACCCUGGAGCAGCCAGUGUACUUCGACCCGCCCGAAGAUGUGCUCCUGGCCAUGAUCAUCGCACCCAUCUGCCUCAUCCCCUUCCUUGUCACCCUGGUCAUCUGGCGCAGCAAGGACGGCAAGGCGCAGGCCUAGAGCUGCCCUCCCGUCCCGCCUCGGGGCACGGACGCGCGGCUGCGGGGCCGCCCGGCCACCCGAACCGCCCGCGGGGCUCUCGGGGCCACCAAGCCGCGCUGCUGAGCCGGCCGGUUCCUCCUGCGCCUUCCCCCCGCCGCGGCCCGGGAUUAAACGCUUCUCCCCCCACGCCUGGCGCUGGUUCUUCGGCCGCUCGAGCCCUCCACGGCCCCGGCCCGGGCCAGCUCCCACCGCCGGCGCCCCGGCAGGUUCCUGCCGUAGGGAACGCUCCGGCGGGACACCGGGGCCAACACCGGCGCCAGAACCGGGGCUGCCGACCGGGAGGGGCGGGGCUAUAGGAGGGGCGUGACAAUGCAAAUGAAAGGGCGUGGACAUGCAAAUAGGAUGUGUGGACAUGCAAAUAAAACGCGCGGUCAUGCAAAUAGA